AUGGCAGCUAGAAAGCCUUUCCGAACAGCACAACAACCUUUGAAAAUGGUUGAUGGUUUUACUAGGAAAGCGGAGUUUAUAGUGACGGAAUGGCCGAAGCAGAGCACAAUCGACUCAUUCUGGACGCUCAUCUACGAUCAUUCCUGUCAUACCGUCGUCAAUCUCAGCAAUCAGGGAAAUCCUCGGCAUUAUCCGACAUUUAUACAUAACAAAGGCAAAGCGAAUUAUGGUCCGUUCAUUGUUGAAGUGCUCAAUUAUCAUCAGUAUCCGGCGAUGACAUCGCAUAUGGUCAAAGUGAUGAAAAGGCAUUAUCCGACAUUUAUACAUAACAAAGGCAAAGCGAAUUAUGGUCCGUUCAUUGUUGAAGUGCUCAAUUAUCAUCAGUAUCCGGCGAUGACAUCGCAUAUGGUCAAAGUGAUGAAAAGGAUGUGCUCACCUAAUUCCUCUCCCCGUGGCAAAAAGCGGUCAACGAGACCUGAGCUGAAGCUACAUCAGGAGAAUACGCAGAGGAAUGGGGUGUCGGCCGGGGAAUCGUUCCGUCUGAAACCGGAGUAUCGUGGACGACUUCGUGGCGUCGACGGAGACACCGAUUAUCGCUCCGUCACUCCCGCUCCGAAUUACACAUCUGCGGCGGGCAAUCGCCUUCGAGCACCACGACGUCGUCUAUCGCGGUCCGCAGACGCCGUCCACGACCGGGACCCCUACAGUGAGAGGGGCGCUGCUGACAUUAACCGACUUUUGAAUAUUCGACGAGAGAAGGCCGAUUUACAAAAGGAGAGCACGAAGCAAAUUCAGAAGCUGACAUUCAUGAUUUCGGACAUCAUGUCAAACGCUUCCAGCAAUCAACAAAUAGAUACUGAAGUUCGCAUCUGCUGCGUCAUACAGGUAAGGAUGUGGCCCAUUGAGAACAAGGUGCCAUUGUCCACAACAGGUCUCAUGGACGUCAUCAAGAUGGCGCGCAGUUGGCGACGACGAGCUCCUGAUCGGCCAGAAAGCAAACCAACGAUAGUAAUGUCACAGUUAGUUUUCGCCUUCAGAAUACCACUUUUCGACGUUACGGCGAUUUCUAUAAAACUUUCGAUUUGCAGCAAUGGAGUCUCUCGGGUCGGAGUAUAUAUUGGAGCUAAUAUAUGUAUCGACCAGAUGGACACGGACCAUGAAGUUGAUGUGUUCCAUGCGGUGAAAAUGAUGCGGAUUAAUCGACCACAGCUCAUCGAUAUGAAGGAUGAAUAUAAGUAUUUAUAUGAUUUGAUGCUGCACUGGUAUAUGACGAAUCCGGAGUAUCGGGUCCACGACAAGGACGUCUCUGACGACGAAGGUGGCGGUGGUGGCGCUGACGGCUCGAAACCGUCCUCACAACGGCAGUCACUUCGCGACAAGGAUCGCUUCCUGCGAGGACAGAAUUCGGUCCGUAAAGACUCCCGCCCUCGCAAAAACCCCGCGGACAACUGA